AUGUCAAAACAGCCGGUUUCCAAUGUCAGAGCCAUCCAGGCAAAUAUCAACAUCCCAAUGGGAGCCUUUCGGCCGGGAGCUGGGCAACCCCCCAGAAGAAAAGAGUGUACUCUGGAAGCGGAGGAGGGUAUUCCUCCCACCUCGGAUGAGGAGAAGAAGCCAAUGCCAGGAGCGAAGAAACCUCUGGGACCUGCGGUCAACCUUUCAGAGAUCCAGAAUAUUAAAAGUGAACUGAAGUAUGUCCCCAAAGCUGAGCAGUAGUUGGAAGAA